GUGCUGUACGAAGUUUCUGGCAAGAAUUUAAACAUAAAAGCUAUCUCAUCGUUUAAUCUAGUGUAGAAGAAUUUUUUCAUACGUUUUGGAUUUUCUGCUUCAAUCUGCUUUUUAUUUGCAUACUGCUACGGAGUUGCCUCUCCUGGCACUUUUGAAGUGGCGGUACGACAUGGCGGGAGUAACUGUUUGGUUCUAAAUAUUCUGGAUGUGAACGAAAACUGCCAUGUCCUCCAAGAAAAAGAGAAGUUUACCAUCUUGGAUGAAAAACCCAGGGACCUCUACACAGCAAAAUGUCUCCGCGUCAGUGUCGACGUCUCCCACUCUCACCAGCCCUAAAGUACUAUCUACACUGAGCCAUGCUAAUGGUGAAGACUCUGAUGCACCUGAGGACAAAGAUCUAAGAAAUUUCAAAGAUAUGAUAAGUGAUACUGAAGACAACAGCUCUAAUAACUUUAACCAAGAUAAUUCACCGCAUACCAGUGGUGCAAUCGUAGAAGACAAUCAUGACGAUGAAGGAACUUCCUCUCCUAAAAGAUCAGUCACACCUGACACAACUAGAACUACGGUGGCGGAUACUAUAAAUGAUCCCAUUCUAGUAACUAAUGGAAUGGCCUCACCACCUGCUACUCGAAAGUCCUGUUUCUAUGGGUCUUCCUGUUACAGGAAAAACCCUCAGCAUCGAAGAGACUUUGCCCAUCCAGGUGAUGCUGACUUCUCUGAUGCUGGCGGCUCAGCCACUUCUUCUACUGGUGGCUCACCUGCUAAUGACGUUCGGCCUUUGUGCGAGUAUGGUACAGCAUGUUACCGCAAGAACCCACAGCAUCGACGUGACUUUAGACAUGAUGCCCCUCACAAACGGAAAGCGCGGCCUUCUGAUUUACAAGACAUUCCAUCAGACCAUGAGGGGGAUUUCAACGAUAGCUUCAGCUCAGAGGAUUAUAAACCUGGGCAAGGCAGUGAGUCAGAUGACAGUUUUGUUACUUCAGACUCCAUGGGUAGUGGAGACAGUGAUUUCGAUCCUGAGGAUGAAGAGGAAAAUGAGAAGAAAGCCAAAAAGAGGAGGAAGAAAGACGAUAAUGCCAAAAAGAAAAGGGCCAAGAAAGACUGAAUUAUGAGCAGAACAAAUUUUUUACUGUCCUCGAAAGAUUUUAUGUUUUUUAUGUUAUUUCGAUUGUUAUGUCUUUUUUUAUCUGUCAGCAUUGUUUAUAUCAGUUCUAGAUUUUACUUUAUAAUGGAUAAUAAGUCAAAAUGAUUUAUAAAAAUAUAAAUAGGAAAAA